ACCACCAUGCUGCUUUAGAUACCAAAUCCCCGCUGGAGCGAAGGCUGUGGUGUUCUCUGAUUGGGUAAUUGCGUUUGGAUGCUUUAAAUCGUAAGCGUGCAUCGCUGUGCUUGGGACUCCAUUAAGGCGUUUCGCUGUUGCUUCCUCUCUUUUGGACCGUGAAGGGGACGCGAGCAUCAUGUGGGUCAGGCUGUAGCUCAGGUGAAUCCGGUUCUUUCCGAGUCGGGAUUUUCCAAGGACACUAAAAUGCGGCAGCGAUGAGCACGUCUGACGGCUGAUCAGGCUUUGAGUUUCCACAUCCAGAUCUCCUCAGCGCCUGGUUUUUUGGGACGCCACGUCAUGAGCUGAUGCGCCCGACAGAUGUUUAGCAGCUGCACGAACAGUGACCGUGUGAUCCAGCUGAUGAUUCUCUGAAGAAGAAGAAAAAAAAACCAAAGGUGUCGUGAAUGUUUACUCCUCGCAGAAUACAUUUAUUGUUUGGGCUUGCUUAAGAUGAUACCUGGAUCUGCCGCAUCAAUGUUGCCGUCUGCAGAAGCUGCCAAACUGUACCAGACCAAUUACGUCCGCAACUCCCGUGUCAUCGGACUUCUGUGGGCCAUUUUCACCAUCCUGUUCGGGAUCGUUAACGUGACCAUCUUCUCGCAGCCCUAUUGGAUCGGGGAUGGCAUGGACACGCCGCAGGCCGGCUACUUCGGCCUUUUCCACUACUGCGUCGGGGACGGACACUCCAGAGACCUGGUUUGCCAGGGCAGCUUCACCGAGUUCUCCGCUAUCCCCUCCGGUGCGUUCAAGGCCGCCUCCUUCUUCAUCGGAAUGUCCAUGAUGCUGGUGGUCACAUGCAUUGGCUGCUUCAGCCUCUUCUUCCUCCUCAGCACCUCCACUGUGUACAAAAUCUGCGGCUGGAUGCAGGCAGCUUCAGGUGUCUGUCUGGUCCUGGGUUGUAUGAUCUACCCGGAUGGCUGGGACAGCGACGAGGUCCGGCGAAUGUGCGGAGAACAAACAGACAAAUACAGCCUGGGGGCCUGCUCUGUGCGCUGGGCUUACAUCUUGGCAAUCAUGGGUAUCCUGGAUGCCCUGAUUCUGUCCUUCCUGGCUUUUGUCCUGGGGAACAGGCAGGAUGGACUCAUGACAGAGGAGCUGCUGGCUGAAAGCAAGGAGGGUGGUAAAGCCUAACCCAGAGAAAAGGUUCCUUAAUUUCAAAGAGUCCGUUUUAGUCAAAGUACAGAUCUUUCUACAUCUCACAGGAAAAAGGCAUUCCAGAUUUGUGCAGAAGUAGAACUCUAUCAAACCCAUCAGGCUGCCUUCUACUUCCUGCUGAACAAUGUGACCUGUUUGAAGUCCAUUCUCUUCUACAUUAGUCCCAGCAAUUAGAUGGAUCCCACUGCACUUCUUGUCAAAAGGAAGGAAACCCUUGGCAACCCUGACAAGGGCAGAGACUGUUAUUCUUUAGAUGAAAAUGUAUGGUCAACACAAACACACACACACACACACACACACCCAUACACACACACACACACACACACACACACACACACACACACACACACACACACACACACACACACACACAUACACACACACAGUACAUUCAAACAAUACCUUUGUAGAUUAUGUAAUUACAAAUAUUAACCUAUGUUAGCAGUUAUCUUUGUGUCACAGUCAGAAGUUUCAUGUUUUAUUUGACAAAAAAACUACUCUGAAUAUUAUUGGGUUUGUGUAAAUCUAGUGUUUAGGUUUGACAAAGAAAUUUUCAUGAUUCUCUUGCUCACAUGCCACUUUCUCCCCCUUACAGUAAAAUAAACAUGUAUUUAAAACUGCUUUUAGGAGUAAUGUUUAAACUUGAAUUACAAAGUGUGUACAGAGAAUAUUUCAAGUGAUUUUAACAGAAGUAAUUCUAUGCCCUGCUAGCUAACUUUGCACAGUGCUUCAGUUUGAGAGGAAUGUUUUGUAGUUUGUAUGUCCACACUGUGAAGGUGGCUAUUAGAACUGAAAGCUGCAGGACUCGUUGCUGCUACGUGAGUGUGUUUCUCUACGUGUGUCUGUUUUCAUGAGUGCAUGCACACACACACACACACACACACACUUGCUCUGAGUGUGAUGUGUGUAAUAGUUCAUUGGGCUAGCGAGCCGAGGUGCCAGCUUCACACACACACGUUGUUCUGUUGUGUACUUUUUUCUGUCCUUGUCUCACUGUUCUUCUCUCUUCGAUGACCACAUUUGUUUAGUUGGGACAUACAGGGUAACGCGGUGCAGCCGAAGCUUAAAUACGGAGCAGUAGAUGUGCCUGGGAGAUGAACUCAAGUCAGAAGACGUUUGUAAGGCCUGUCCCAGCCUCAAAGUGAAGAUGUUCUUGUAAAUAUGAAUACAUGUAGAUAUUGAUAAGCUAAUAUAAAAAAUGGGGAUAUGAAUUAGAGCAAAGAAAUUCAUUUCUGAAAAUAUGAAUACUUAAUAAAGGUUUUCACUGUAAAUCUCA